AUGUUGCAGGAUCGGCACGACCCAAAUGGCAUUGACCAAUUUGGGUCAACAGCUCUUCACUACGCGUGUUCAACGGACUUCGGAAAGUUUGGAGUUGUCUCUCUGCUCCUCGAAGCUAUGGCAGACCCGAAUGUGCGAAACCAGCAGGGCAGAACUGCUCUGUUGCAGGCGACAGCGCGCUACACGAGUGACGGGAGCACAGAGAGGUUGCUCCUCCAGUCACGCGCGGAUGCAAACUUGGCGGACGAAAUGGGUCGGACCGCCCUGCAUAUCGCAUGUUGGCGUGCUCAUGCGAAAGUUGUGCGAUUGCUGCUGCAAGCGCGUGCGCAGCCGGAUGUUACAGACCAUGACAUGCAGACUCCUUUUGAAGUUGCAUGCUGUUGCCUCCCCCAGGAUGAUUGGUUUCAUCCGCAUGUGAGAAUUCAACCAAGAGUGGAGGCUCUGAGUUUAUUGCUGGAUGCCCGCGCAGAUCCCCAAAAGACCAGCGAUGCCAACGCUGACGCCGUCAACUCUGCGCUGGCAUUUCUACGUGGAGAGACAUUACUGGAAGGGUUGGAGGAUACGUCGACUGACGCAGACAGCGAGGGCCGUUGCCUUCAAAACCAGCAAAGCUACGAUGGUACAUCUGCCGAAUCUGCUAUGCAUGAGCCACUGGAUGAACAGCUCAACCUGCAGCAACCAUUGAAAAACGAGGACAGCACUCCAUCUACUGGACCCGUGUCCAGCAGUGGCGGCAUGGGCGUCGCUCAUUUGUCGGGGAUCGACGAUGCUUGGGAUAGCUGA